AUGGAUAAGCUCUUGGAGGAAGAAUUCAUCGGCACCAUCUUAUGGGAAGAAAAAUCACUCCCCAAAGAUGCCAAGUCUGUUAUGGAUACCCUUAUCUUACAGACUAAUUUCACUCCAGCAUCUCUCAACAAAAUUUACUAUUUCAAGUCUGGGCCAGGAGGGAAGAGGGUUAAGAGUGGGUCUAUCUUUCAACCUGCUGCAUGCCAUGGCGCAAAAGCAGAAUGGCUGUUCGAUAACAGGAAUGUCCAGCUGAAGUUGUUGGUAGACUCCAGAAAACAGAAGAAGAAGGCACAGGUACAGAAGGGACAGGGACGAAAUGCAGGCAGGGCACAAAAGACACAACCACACGCACAGAUGAGCAUGGUGUCGGCCACAUUGACCGAUACAGAAGUGGGGAUACCGGAUUCAUCUUUCACAACACCUGAAACCGACAAGAGCUUCAGUGCCAAAGGAUACGAUGACAAGCACCCCAGCAAGAAGUGGCCUUGGGCAUCAGCAAUGACAGAGGGCAAGUGGACCCUCCUCUUCAAUGUCGUGCAAGCUGCCAUGCAUGCAAUGUACAAAAAAUUUUCCCCAAUCCCUCUGCUGCAUUCCCCUUUAGUGCCAUGA